CUGACGUUCGGUGCCAAGCAGGCGUGGCGGAACGCGGCGCGCUGCGUCGGCCGCAUCCAGUGGAACAAGCUGCAGGUGUUUGAUGCCCGGGACUGCGCGGGGCUGGGGGAAAUGUUCAGCCUCCUCUGCUCUCACAUCCAGUUCGCCACCAACCGCGGCAACAUCCGGUCCGCCAUCACCAUCUUCCCCCCCCGGGCUCCGGGGCGCGGCGAUUUCCGCAUCUGGAACCCGCAGCUGAUCCGCUACGCGGGGUACCGGCAGCCCGACGGCUCCGUGCGGGGCGACCCUGCCAAUGUGGACAUCACUGAGCUCUGCAUCCAGCACGGCUGGACCCCCGGGGGGGGGCGGUUCGACGUGCUGCCGCUGCUGCUGCAGAGCCCCGACGAGUCCCCCGAGCUCUUCCCACUGCCCCCGGAGCUGGUCCUGGAGGUGCCGCUGCACCACCCCACGCUGGAGUGGUUCUCGGAGCUGGGGCUGCGCUGGCACGCUCUGCCCGCCGUGGCCAACCUGCUGCUGGAGAUCGGCGGGCUCGAGUUCCCCGCGGCGCCGUUCAACGGGUGGUACAUGGGCACCGAGAUCGGCUCCCGGAACCUCUGCGACCGCCACCGCUACGACGUGCUGCCCGAGGUGGCCCAGCGCAUGGGGCUGGACACAGGAACCAGCUCUUCCCUCUGGAAGGACCGGGCGGCUGUGGAGGUGAACGUGGCCGUGCUGCACAGCUUCCAGGUGGCCCAGGUGACCAUCGUGGACCACCACGCAGCCACCGAGUCCUUCAUGAAGCACCUGGCGGCAGAGGGGCGGGCGCGGGGCGGGUGUCCCGCAGACUGGGCCUGGAUCGUGCCCCCCCUCUCGGGCAGCCUCACACCCGUGUUCCACCAGGAGAUGGUGAAUUACCACCUGAGCCCCACCUUCCGCUACCAGCCGGACGCCUGGAAGGUUUACGUGUCCAAAGGCACCACUGUCACCCGGAGAAAGACCUUCAAGGAAGUGGCCAACGCUGUCAAGAUCUCGGCCAAGCUCAUGGGACACGUGAUGGCGCGACGGGUCAAGGCCACCAUCCUCUAUGCCACGGAGACCGGGAAAUCACGGACAUACGCCUGGAACCUAUGCCAGCUCUUCCGCAGGGCCUUUGAUCCCAAGGUGCUGUGCAUGGAUGAGUACGAUGUGGUGGCCCUGGAGCACGAGACCCUGGUCUUGGUGGUCACCAGCACAUUUGGGAAUGGGGACCCUCCAGAAUGUGCUGAGAGCUUCUCCAAGGCACUGAUGGAGAUGACAUCGCCGUACACCGGCACCUCCCAGGCGGAGCCGCCCAUGAGCUACAAGCUGCGGUUCAACAGCGUCUCCCAGUCCGACCAGCUCGUGUCCUCCUGGAAGAAGAAGCGGCGGCAGCUGAGCAACACAGACAGUGCAGGGACCUUGGGAGCCCUGCGGUUCGCGGUGUUCGGGUUGGGGUCCCGGGCGUACCCCCACUUCUGUGCCUUCGCGCGGGCCGUGGACACGCGGCUGGAGGAGCUGGGGGGCGAGCGGGUGCUGCCCCUGGGCGAGGGUGACGAGCUGUGCGCCCAGGAGGAGUCGUUCCGCACCUGGGCACGCCAGGUGUUCCAGGCUGCCUGCGAGACGUUCUGCGUGGGGGACGGGGCAGGGGGGGCCGAGGAGCUGUUCGCCCCGCCCCAGGGCUGGAAGCGCCAGCGGCACCGGCUGGUGCCACAGCCCCAGGCCACCGAGACUCUGGCCGGACUGUCUCAGCUGCACAAGCGCCAGGUGUUCCCCUGCUCGGUGCUGUCUGUGGAGAACCUGCAGAGUGAGGAGUCCAGCCGGCAGACGCUGCUGGUGCGGCUGAGCUGUGCGGAUCAGGCCGGGCUGCGGCACCUGCCCGGGGACCACCUGGGCGUGUUCCCCGCCAACCGCGAGGAGCUGGUGCGGGGGGUCCUGGAGCGUGUGGAGGACCCGCCCCCCCCCGAGCAGCCCCUGGCGAUGGAGAGCCGCGAGUGGGAUCCCGCCGGCGGGUCCAGCCCCGGGCCCCGCUGGGUGCUGCAGCCCCGGCUGCCCCCCUGCACCCUGGCCCAGGCUCUCACCUUCUACCUGGACGUGGCGACCCCCCCGACCCCGCAGUUCCUGCAGCUCCUGAGCUCGCUGGCGCAGGACCCCGCGGAGCGGGAGCGGCUCCAGCGCCUGGCGCAGGACGCGCGGCUGUACGAGGAGUGGAAGUGGUUCCGGUGCCCGACGCUGCCGGAGGUGUUGGCCGAGUUCCCGUCCGUGGCUCUGCCGGCCGCGCUGCUGCUCUCCCAGCUCCCGCUGCUCCAGCCCCGCUACUACUCCAUCAGCUCCGCGCCCGGCGCCCACCCGGGCGAGAUCCACCUCACCGUGGCCGUCGUCACCUACCACAGCGAGAACGGACAGGGUCCCCUCCACUACGGCGUCUGCUCCACGUGGCUGGCGCGGCUGCAGCCGGGGGACACGGUGCCAGCCUUCAUCCGGGGGGCCCCCUCGUUCCGGCUGCCGCCCGCCCCCGACACCCCCUGCAUCCUCGUGGGCCCCGGCACCGGAGUCGCGCCCUUCCGCAGCUUCUGGCAGCACCGGCUGCAGCUGCUGAGCGCCGGAGGUGGCCCCCUGGGCCCCAUGGUGCUGGUGUUCGGGUGCCGCUCGUCCGCCCUGGACCACAUUUACCGUGAGGAGAUGGAGCAGGCGCGGGAGCAGGGUGCUCUCAGCCAGGUGCUCACGGCCUUCUCCCGUGAGCCCGGGACCCCCAAGACGUACGUGCAGGACGUGCUGCGGGCACAGCUGGCGGCCGAGGUGCACCAGGUGCUCUGCCAGCACGGCGGCCACAUGUACGUGUGCGGGGACGUCACCAUGGCCACCGAGGUGCUGCAGACCGUGCAGCACAUCCUGGCCCAGGAAGGCGACAUGACACUGGGGCAGGCGGGGGACGUCAUCAGCGAGCUGAGGGACAAGAACCGCUACCACGAGGACAUCUUCGGGCUGACGUUCCGCACGCAGGAGGUGGCCCUGCGCAUCCGCAGCCAGUCCUUCUCCCUGCAGGAGCGGCGCCCGCCGGGCCCGCCCUGA